GGGCGCGCGUGUGGAGACGUCUGUGGCGUUGGCGGCGGUGGUGGCCCCUGGGGCCCGAGGAGGUGGUGUGGCUGCGGGUUUUGCCCAGGGAGCGUGUUCGGGGCUGUUUCUUGGCCGGCUUCACGGGGACGCCACUGAUCAGCGCCGGAUGUGACCUUCUCCUUGGACGAUUCAAGUUCUUAAAAAGUUUCAGUGUACAUUUGAGGUAAGAGAGAAGUGGCUGUUUAUACAAAGGAAGCACUGGGACUUGUGGCUACCUUCAAGAAUAAAAAAUAGAAAAUGGAACAACCAUGUGUGUUAUGUGAGGAAGAACAGGAUCCAGAACCACAGAACAUAAAAGAAACCAAACAAAUAGAUGAUGAAGAUGCAGAGCUGAUCUUUGUUGGGGUGGAACAUGUAAAUGAAGAUGCUGAACUGAUCUUUGUUGGGGUGUCUUCAAAUUCAAAACCAGUUGUUUCAAAUAUUUUGAACAGAGUAACCCCAGGUUCAUGUUCACGGAGAAAAAAGUAUGGUUGCCGAAGAAAAGAUACUGUUCGUAGAUUGCAGCCUACAAGUCAUGUGACCCCUUCAUCAGAAACAGUGACUAUGUUGCCAGUAUCUCAAUCUGAAUCAAGAUCAACAGAUAGUCCUAUUAUUAUUGAGCCUUUGUCUAAGCCUGAUGAUAAAAGUAAUUCACCAAAAGUUGUGCCUAGUAGCUCUUCAGAAUCAUGUUCUCCUGAGGUUACCCUCACAAGUUCAUUGCAUCAUCCAGUGAAACCAGCACUUUCAGAAGGAGGUAUGAAUGAAAGUACUUGUAUAUCAAAGCGGUGUUCCAAUUCUGAAGUAAUUAGCAUAAAUCCCAAAAAUCCUAAACUCAGUGAUGGAAUCACAGGAGGAUAUUCUUUAACUUUGUCCCCUCCAGGUGUUUUUAAUAAUAAUAAUCCUCAGCAGAGUACACCCAAUGAUGUCCAUACCUCAGUAAGCCAUGUUCAGAAUGUAUUAUCUUUUCCCACAGCUUUUCCAAAGGACAGUCUCCAUUUAAAGCCUAUAACUAUAAAUCCUGAUAGGGAAAAUGGGUUGGCAAAAACAGAAUUUUCAGAUCUAGCAAGUCAAAAUAAGACCUUUGAUCCCAAGAAAGGGAAUUUGAUUCUAUUACUUAGUGACUUUUACUAUGGACAACAUCAAGGAGAUGGGCAGCCAGAACAGAAAACUCACACAACCUUUAAAUGCCCCAGCUGUUUGAAAGUUCUAAAAAAUGUUAAGUUUAUGAAUCAUGUGAAGCAUCAUUUGGAACUUGAGAAGCAGAGGGGUGACAGCUGGGAAACCCACACUACCUGCCAGCAUUGCCACCGGCAGUUUCCCACUCCCUUCCAACUACAACGUCACAUCGAAAGUGUACACACUCCACAGGAGCCCUCUGCUGUCUGUAAAAUUUGUGAGUUGUCAUUUAAAACAGAUCAGAUUCUUUUAGAACACAUGAAGGACAAUCAUAAGCCUGGGGAAAUGCCCUAUGUGUGCCAGAUUUGCAGUUACAGAUCAUCAGCCUUUGCUGAUGUGGAAACACAUUUUAGAACAUACCAUGAAAACACUAAGAAUCUACUUUGUCCUUUUUGUCUCAAAAUUUUCAAAACUGCAACACCAUAUAUGUGUCAUUAUAGGAGGCACUGGGAAAGGGGUGUUCACCAGUGUUCUAAAUGUCGGCUACAGUUUUUAACUUUCAAGGAGAAAAUGGAGCACAAGACCCAAUGUCAUCAAAUGUUUAAGAAGCCUAAGCAACUAGAAGGAUUGCCUCCUGAAACAAAAAUUGUUAUUCAAGUGUCACUGGAACCUGGUCAACCAGAAUCAGUGAAUGUAGCGUCUAUUAUUCUGAGUACAACUGAUUCUGAACCAUCUCCUCCCAAAUCUAAAAAUAGAAUUUCCAAAAAAUCUCAUUAAUUCUAUUUUGGGAAACCAAAAGCAAAUAUUUCAGUUUGAAUAGAAGAAAAAAAAACCAUGAAAACAAAAAAUAUAAACCAUACAUUAUUCAGUAGCACCAAAAAUAGUGAAACUAAUGAAUUGAGAUUUAAGUUCAUGCAUAGGGUUUUUAAAUUUUUUUCUUUCGUUCUUUUUUGUGGUGAUGGGGAUGAACCAGGACCUAGUAUGUGCUGAGCAAUUGCUCUACCAUUGAGCCAUGCACCACAUUCCCACUCCCUGAAUUUUGAGCUUUUAUAUAAUAUAUUACCUGGUUUUUAUGUUAACUAUCUGGUUCAACAUAUGAAAGGUGCUUGUAUAUGAUGUUUGAGUGGGGGGAAAAAAAAAAGUGGAAGCCUAUUUAUUUUGUCAGUAUUUUAUGUUACUCCUAAGCUGGAGAGAUCUUUCUUCUAUAUACAGAAUUUGUAGAGGUUUUGAAGUAUUUAAUUUUAUUUUUAAACUUUUUCUGUAUAUUACACAUUUCACUGUUAACUCUAAUCAGACUGGAAUGACUUUGUUAUGGCUUGAUCCCUUUAUUCAUGAACUCUUAGAAGUGCCUGUGCAGUGUGAGUGUAAAAUAACCUGGUUUUGAAAGCCUUAGUGUGAUGUUGAAGGAGAAGCUGUGGCAUGGAUGGAGGUGAAGACUUAUGUAUAAGUUAGGCAAAAAGUAUUUGACCCCUUAUCCCAGUUGAGGGAUAGGCACAUUCUAGUCKUGGAGCCAAGGCAGAAGGAACACAGCCUAAGAAUGUCUUUGCCUAAUAGAAGAACAUCCCAAGGAAGCAAAAUCAUUCUUGAAAAAUGUCUGCAUUUGGUGAAGGACUCCUGCAUAUAUUAAACAGCUGCUCAGCAUCUGUAUUUUUAUUUUUUUUUUUAAAGAGAGAGUGAGAGACAGACAGAAUUUUUUAAU